CAGGCUGCUCCUCACCUCAGCCUCUCUCUCUGCCCAUUUAGCUGCUUCGUUCCAGAAGAGGAAGAAGAGAAAUGGCCUUCUCCACCCGCAGCGUUCAGUGGAGCGCAAGCUCCCGCGUCCAUCCCACCACACCCAGCGUCAGUGGAUUGAGCUUCAGGAAAACAGCUGUCCAAAAAAGCCAGGCCCCCAGUGUCUAUGGGGGUGCUGGGGGCUACGGCACCCGCAUAUCCACCAGCUCUGGCUUCGGGCAAGGUGGCAGGGGCAACUUCCAGCUUAACAUCACCGGUAACGACGUGCUGCUCGCCGGCACUGAAAAAUCCACUAUGCAAAACCUGAACGACCGUUUGGCCUCGUACCUGGAGAGGGUGAGAUCUCUGGAAAAGGCAAACUCCCUGCUUGAAAAGCAGAUCAAGGAGUGGUACGAGAGCAACAGCGUGGGCGUACGGCAAGACUACAGCUCCUACUUCAAAACAAUUAAAGAUCUGCAAAGUAAGGUUGCUGCUGCACAGCUGGAAAACGCAAGGCUUGUCCUGGCGAUUGACAACGCCAAACUGGCUGCGGAUGAUUUUAGACUGAAGUUUGAGAACGAAUACCUGCUCAGGCAAAGUGUGGACAGUGACACUAACGGACUGCUCCGAGUUCGUGAUGACUUGACUUUGACAACAGCUGAUUUGGAGUCGCAGAUUGAAAGUAUGAAUGAAGAACUGGCUUUCCUGAAGAAGAACCAUGAGGAGGAGGUGAACCGACUGCGCACGGAGGUGAAAGGCUCAGUUCAAGUAGAGGUGGAUGCUGCCCCCAGUAUUGAUCUUGGGACCAUCAUGGAAAACAUGAGGAAGCAAUACGAAGAGAUGGCAGAAAAGAACCGUCAAGAAGCCAAAGAGCAAUUUGAAAAGCAGACAGCAGAACUGAACCAGGAAGUCGCCCUCAACGUUGAGCAGCUGGAGGCCCAGAGGAGGGAGAUCACCGACCGCAGACAGAUCUUGCAGGGCCUGGAGCUGGAAUUACAGUCCCACCUUAACAUGAGAAAGUCUCUAGAAGACAGUCUGGCUGAAACUGAAGCACGUUACAGUUAUCAGAUAGCCCAAAUCCAGGAAAGAAUUGCCAGUUUAGAAGCUCAACUGAGGCAACUCCGGGCUGACAUGGAGGGUCAGAACCAAGAGUACAGUCUGUUGCUCGACAUCAAGACUCGCUUGGAAAUGGAGAUCGCCACGUACCGGCGGCUGCUGGAGGGAGAGGAGAGCGGACAUUUCGAAGUGGAGACAUCUGCAGCAGAGCUUGAAAAAGAAUCCAGUAAAAUUAAGAAGAUCAAGACAAUUGUUGAAGAGGUGGUCGACGGCAAGGUUGUCUCCUCCGAGGUGAAGGAGAUUGAAGAGGUGAUGUGAAUGGCAGGAGCAGAGAGGAGGCGGCUCUGAGCUUCCUGCACCCCAGGCCAGAAAUAAAGAUGAAACUCUCUAAAGAAUCCAGUCGUCUCCCUAAACCCCACCAGGGCUGAAAAAUGCCAAACUAUCAAUUUGCAAUCGAUCUUUCUUUUCUUGGGGGGGUAAUUAAAAAAAAUCACUGUUACAAAGUACAAGAUUUUGGGUUUACUUAAAUAGUGACUAAAUACCUUGGUGAAAAAAACCCAAGGCAGCCUGAAAUAAAGGUAUUAUUGUUUCCAAGACAGAUAAAAAUGGAAGUUUUAGCUUUUAUUUACAUCAGUCUUUACAUUACAUUAAAAAACUUUUUCAGUACAAAUUGAAAGUCAAAUGACUGAUUUUGAAUUUUAUGAAUUUUAUGAAUUUACUAUAGCUUUAAAAAUAAUUUAAAUUAAAUUUAGUGCUUUUUCAAAGCACUAAACUGGUGAAAGACACAGGACACAACUCGCUCAUGCGCUUGACAAGCUCUCGAUGGCACUGGGCUCUUCUGAAACCAUGAGGAGAAUUUUUAUUUCAUUUCUUUAGACAGUUCACAACAACAUCUGGUGCCUUAAGUUUUCUCACACUUCAACAUAUUAAUAAAAAGAGAAGUUUUUAGAAGAGAGUUGCUAUUUCUGAAACCCUGAUGGACACCUUAUCAAAACCUUACAAGAAAGAAUUUACCACACACAGCUGAUACACUCUCUAUCAGAUGUGUUAAUGUAAUUGGGAUUCAAAGUUCAGCAAUCUACUUUUUCUCUUACAUACUGGCAUAUUUAGAGUAGAUUUGUUCUU